AUGGAUGAUAAUUAUCGAGAUGAAUAUCAAGGAUCAGAGUCUGAAAUUGUAAGAAGGUCUGAUGAGAUGUAAUUUAAGUGUAUACGCAUAUCGAUAGCAUUUUCAAUAUAUUUAAUAUUGCAAAUGCUGGCUCUCAGGAUAGAGUACUAGAUAUAAUGGAUUUAUAUUGCAAUAGUUUUCAUUAUUUGUGAUACUGUUAUAUGGAUCUUGACUAGUCUAUGGUUAUCUUAAUAGCAAUAUCCAAGAAUAGCCAAAGUGUUCUUAGGAAUAGCCUAACACUCCACUUUUGGACUCUUACCAAUUUUUGUCCUUCUUAUAUGUUUGCAGUUGGAUGAAAUUAUUAAUUCGAAUUCCAUUCUGAUCGCAUUUCCAUUGUUUGCAUGGGAAAUAAUGCUGUUGUCAUUUUUGAUUUUCAUCAUCCCAGGAUUGUGUGAUGAUAAUUAAGGAUCCAAGAAAUGGGUAGCUGUGGUUAUUCUAUACUACAUAGCUAUCAUUUACACUGAAGUGGCUACUCUAAUUCAAUUACAAUUCUAUUUUAAUUGGUUUUGGGUAACAUCUUUACUUAUCUUUACAUUGUUUUACAACAUUAUUAUACUAAUAACAGACUGUACUAUCACUGUGAUUUGGCCAUGCAUUAUUUUAGCUAUUUGUAUCUUCAGUUUAACUUAAAUGACACUUGUUUUGAAUGAUGCAAAUAAAGAUCAAAAUAAAUAAAUGCAAUACCUGGCAAUCAUACCGAUAUGUGUGAUCAGUAUUAUUAAUUUCAUUAAAUAAAUCAUAGUGUGA